GUCGCUAAUUACGGAGGAAAUUGCCCCAGCGCGCUGCGGAGCACCUCGCCAGAGCCGGUGGCCGCCGUCCCGCACUGACGCCUCCGCAGCAGGGAUGGAGGUGAUGGACAGCUGCAAGUUCUCUCCGUCCGAGCUCUUUUAUGACAGCUCCUGCCUCUCCUCCCCGGAGGUCGAGUUCUCCGAGGAUUUUGAGCCCAGGAAUCUGCCUCCUUUCAGCGCCCACGAGACCACCGAGCCGGCCUGCUCCGAGGAAGAGGAGCAUGUCCGAGCUCCCACUGGCCACCACCAAGCCGGUCACUGCCUCAUGUGGGCUUGCAAAGCCUGCAAAAGAAAAUCCACCACUAUGGACCGGCGGAAGGCAGCCACCAUGAGGGAGAGGAGAAGGCUGAAGAAAGUGAACCAGGCUUUUGAGACCCUGAAGAAAUGCACCACUGCCAACCCAAACCAAAGACUCCCCAAAGUAGAAAUCCUGAGAAACGCAAUCAGAUACAUCGAAAGCCUCCAGGAGCUCUUGAGGGAACAGGUGGAAAACUACUAUCACCUGCCGGGACAGAGUUGCUCCGAACCGACCAGCCCCACUUCCAGCUGCUCCGAUGGCAUGGCCGACUGUGGCAGCCCCGUUUGGUCGGCGAGAGGCAGCAGCUUCGACGCCGUCUACUGCGCCGAGAUGGCCCACGGGUACGCCGCCGAUCAGGGCAGCGCCCUGUCCAGCCUGGACUGCCUCUCCAGCAUCGUGGACCGUCUCUCCCCAGCGGAAGAACCAGGGCUGUCCCUCGGCGACGCCGACUCCCUCUCGCCCAGCGCCAGCAUCGACUCGGGGCCGGAGACGCCCGGGACGCCGCUGCCCCGACGGACCUACCAGGCGCUAUGAGGGGCCGGAGGGCCGGCACUCCGCGCCUGCCGCCGGGGCCGCCUCCUGCAAACGCAUCUCGGGCGAGAGAGGCAGCCCCGGAGCCCCUUGGGCCACCGCUUCCCUCUGGGGCUGCAGGCAAAGCGCCCCGCCGGCCCUCGGCCCGCAAUCGUCUGCACCCCGGCAGGGCAGGCAGACCCCGGGCUUCGGGACACACCCACUGCCCUGGAAUCCCCGCUGCAAAUAA